UCCGGGUUUCUGAGAGGCGACCAAUAAAAACGGUGUCAACGGCGGGUAUGGCUCUGCUCGCAGCCGGUCAGGAGUGCGGGUAAAGUUUUCCGUAGCUCGCAGGAAACCGUUAAAAAGUGACUAGUUGACGCUUCGUCGUUUCAAAUCGACGACGGCAACUCGCAGGCGGCCGGACCGCGCGUGACACUGACAGCCGGAAAGUAAACAGCCUCCAUGCUAGCCAGCUAACUAGCCUCCAUGCUAACCAGCUAACCGCGGCUAGCUACGCUGCGUUACCGCCGCUAGCCGAGCUGGUAAGCCGGCUAACUUGCGAGUGGUUUUUCACCACAAGGACCUGCCACCACAUUCCGUUCCUAUAUAUAUUUUGUUCAAACUUCACCGACGAAGGAUUCGCCUAAACGGCACUUUCCAUGCAUGUUGUUUUGGAGGACGAGACCAUCGAACCGCCACUUCUUCGGGCCCCAAGGACUUGUCGGCCCAGCUGAGCCGGUGACAUCACCGGUCCUUUUCCCCCCCUCCCACCCCCACCCCACGCAGAGAGGUCCCAACAGAGUGUCAGGAUGCCUCCUCCACCUCCCCCUCCUCCCCCCGGACCCCCGCCUCCCCCCACCUUCAGUCAGGCGAACACGACUCCCCCCAAACUGGGCUCGUCCGAGACCAAAGGACGAGGGGCGCUGCUGUCCGACAUCUGCAAAGGCGCCCGGCUGAAGAAGGUGGGCGUGGUCAACGACCGCAGCGGCCCCAUCAUAGAGAAAUCAGGUGGAGGAGGUGGAGGAGGCAGCGGCGGGGGUUUCAGUGGUGGGGGGCCGAUGGGAAUGGGAGGCCUUUUCCAAGGAGGUGUUCCAAAAUUACGCUCAGUCACAGAUGGCUUACCCGGCGGGUCGGUGGGCAGGUCGGCCCUGCGGCCCCCGGGCUCCCGGGCCGCCGCCCCUCGCCCCCCCGCGGGCUCCUCCUCGCCCUCUCGGGCCAACAAGCCGUCUCCCCCUGAGCACCAGCGCUCCCACCGCCCCUCGCUCCCCGACAUCUCGCGCCCCCCCCCCAGCAGCAGCAGCAACGGCUCCUCUGCAGGCGGCGGCAUGAAGCACAGCACCUCCGCCCCCCCGCCUCCUCCGCCCUUCAACAGAGGAGGCCGCGGCAACCCCCCGCCUGCCCCGCCCGCCCCGCCCGCCCCGCGCGCCCCCAGCCCGAGAGCACACGCUACGCCUUCCUCGUCCUCCUCGCACAGCAGAGAGAAGCCCCUCCCACCCACGCCUCACAGAGGCCACACCCCUCCCGGCCCCGGGAAGCCACCGCCGUCUUCUAGCAGGCCGCCCACAGGCGGCUCCUCGGCUCCUCCGCCUCCUCCGCCGUACAGGCCGCACCUGUCAGGCAGCGGCGCCAACGGGUCGUCCCAGGUAGACGGCGGUGGGGGCGGAGCUCCGCAGCUGCCGCAGAGGCACAACUCCCUGAACAAAAAACACUCAUCGGGGGGCGGCACCCAGGGACGCAGCCACGCUCCUCCGCCGCCUCCAUCACCGUCUCCAUCCUCCCAGCAGGGCAGCAGACCGCCGCCGCCCGCCAGAGAGCCGCCGGGACGCAGAUCAGCUCCCCAGGUGCCCCCCUCUGUUUCUCGUAACGGCGGUCGGGAUGCCCCUCCCCCCCCCCCUCCGUACCGCGGGCACAACUCUGCUGCCCCGGAGGCCCACAGCCGGGUGGGAAAACCGCCUCCUUCCUCCUCCGUCUCCUCCUCAUCGGCUUCACCGCUAUCAUCCUCCCGCACCCCGGCUGUGCCCCCUCCGCCGCCCCCGCCCCUCCGCAACGGCCACGCCAUCACCGCCAUGAAGUCCAUCAUAGAUGAUUUUGAAUCGAAGUUUAACUUUCACCCUCUUGAGGACCUUCCCCCUCCAGAGGAUUACCGUCACUUCAGCAAGGUCUACCCCAGUAAGACCAACAAGGCCAUGAUGAGAGGAGCUCCUCCAGCGCCGCCAGUGGGGAGGUGAGUGGACCUCAGGACCCUAAUCCCACGACACACACACACUCUAACACUAAAGCCACCAGCUGGAAGCACACCGUGAACACGCCUCAGCAGGUUUGACUCGCUGGUCACUUUCUGUCUGCACCAGAGGAACUUUGGAUGGGAAAAAAAAAAACCCACUGGUGGAGGCCGUCGAGGCUUCUGUUCCACACCAAACAUAUCAGGACCAAACCAACUGUGUGCAUUCCAUCUGCUUACCUUUCACCCAUUAUCAUGAUUACAAUAACGUUUGAUUUCAUUGUUUUGGUGUUGGCAUUAAUUUCUGCAGGAAACUUUUUCUGUGUGUGUGUUUUUUUUUUUGGGAGAUGAAUUCCAGUAGAAGUGGUGAUGCCAUGAAUGUGGGGGCAUAAUGACAGUUGAUGUUUUUAUUAGAUUGUUGGUCAUACUUUGUCUUAAAUAGUCAUUCCAGGAGUGCCAGGUGAGGGUGCGUUUGAUUCGACACUCUGUCAGUGUGCCAAACUGGGUGGAGUCGAAUCGACAGCAUGUUUCCAUGCAUGUUAGAGAUAUAUAUUUAUAAUAUUGACAUGUUUUCAAACAGAAGGCAAGUUGCAAAGCGCACCAUGUUCCCACAGAAGCUUUGCCCACUGGCUGGUUUUAACAUUCGGGGAAGGAUUGUUCCUCCUCGUUUGCCCACUGCUUUAUAUUUGUGGGGGGGGGGGCGUUUUAAUAUUUCCACCUUGCACAGAAUCUCACCUGCUAAACCGGGAAACUCUCUGCAUGAGGCUCGUUCAUUUCUCACCUCGAGAUCAGAAGUCCACAGAGAAUACGAGGCUUUGCCUCCAAACCCACUACGUUCCACAGCGGAGGGCAAACACUACGUCAAGGUUUUCUUUUAAUGGACUUUUACGGCCAGAGGACGAUACGUUGUUUAAUUGCUAUGCAAGAAGCAGUUUGUACAGAUUCUAGUUGGUAACAGCUAACCAAAAAAAUAAAAUGACAUAAUAAAAAAAGAUCAACACUUAAGUGCCACAGAAAGGUACCAGGAGCUUGACUUUAAAACACUAAAUGUAUAUUCAGACCCAGAUGAAGCAGGUAGAUGCUCGGUGACGCAGCGCCCCCUGCUGGGCUUCGCCUUACACUGAUCCGUGGUCACUCUCAUUGGUACCAGUACUUUAUUUUUUUUUUAUUUGUUUAGGGGGUAAAGAUGAUGACGGUAAAAUAAAUAAGAAACAAGUUAUAUCUGAAAAUGCAAUAAGUAUUGUAUAUUCACAUUAAAGAGUAUGUUAAUCAUAGCUAUUGAUCUAUUUUGUAUGUUGUAAAAAGCUUGUAAUAUAGGAAGGAGAAAUGAUUAUAACAAUGUCCCGCUGAGCUUUGGGCCGAUAGACUCUGGAUCUUCUCUGUGGAGGUUCUGCAGUGCCUCAGAGUCCUGUAGUCGGGUACUGUGACGGAGGGACUGCACUUCCUGUCCCGGGCGGUGGCAUCAGGCUCCUGUUCUCACUUUGUCUAAGAGCAGAACUCUGGUCAUUUCAUGUUAAUCAACCAUGUUUUUAUCAUUUGGAAUAAUUUCAAAUAAAGAUGGGAAAAGGGUU